AAGUAAAGAGAUAAUAGUUGUCGGUGGCACCGCUUGAUCGAUCAUAUUCCUCUGGAAAGAUCCACCCGAGCCCCCCACCGAAUGCCAACGUAAGCUUCAGAGACAUUCUCCCCCCUUGGGGCAAUUGUUCCGAUUUUCUGCAACGACUCCAGACUAUCCUCCAGUUCACUCAGGGGGCAACAAGCAUCAGCCGUCCUCCUCCCGUCCCAGGUGUUUUACUCCACACCCAGGCAACAGAAGCAGAGUGAUCACCGUCAUGUCUCAUCCAUGAUGAUGUCUCGAAUCAAUCGCCAUCCCUCGCUUCUUAUCGCGGCCGCGUUGCUCGCCGCAUGCCUGUUCUUCUUCGUCUCCUCGUCCAGUCGCAGCAAGACCGGACCCCUGUCUCACACUGAAUCAGUCCAACCAUUAUCUCCCAGUGAUGACACGAAUUCGUGCUACGUCGAUCUCGAUCUCCUGCGGCAAUAUUCCACCACUUCAAUUGAAUAUGGGCGAUUAGAGAUAGCCGUGGAUCAGUCAGACAAUUUCACAGGCUACACAGAUACCCUCAAUGCCGGACUCCCCAAAUUCCGCAGGAUACCCCUGGACGGUGAUGCGCAGCGAGAAGAUCUCCCACUGGAGCGAUGCACGCCCGCCGUGACAAUCAAGGGCCCCCUGCCGCGGCCCCGGCCCGAUGCCUCGCACCUGGUCUUCGGCGUCGCGACCUCGAUGGAGCGUCUACUCGACUCCCUGGAUGCCUUCGCGCAUUGGGCGGGCGGUACAAAUGCGCGGAUCCUGGCUGUGGUGGACAGCGGCGGCUCAGCCAAGAAGGAGGCCCUGGCCCGGGCGGAGGCACUAGGUAUCCGACUGAUCAUCCGGGAAAAGGAGGUUGAAGAACGCUUGGAUCGGUGGUUCUACCUGGUGCGGUACCUGUACGAACUCCGGGACGACAAGACUCAGUGGACGGUCCUGAUUGAUGACGAUACCUUCUUCCCUUCGAUGGCGAAGCUCGUAGAUCGACUAGCCACCUACGAUCCGGCGCAGCCACACUACAUCGGGAGCAUGACGGAGGAUCUAUACCAGCUGUACAGUGGAGGUCUGAUGGCGUACGGCGGCGCGGGGAUCUUCCUGUCGCUGCCUUUGGUUAAACAGCUGCAGCCUUUCUUUGACGAGUGCUACGUCUUCAAGAGCGGAGGGGACCGCAUGCUCGCGCAGUGUAUCUAUGCGCACACUAACACAAAGCUCACUUGGGAAAGGGGCCUCUUCCAGGUUGAUCUCCGCGGGGAUGCGUCUGGGUUCUACGAGGCGGGUCGCGAACAACCGCUUUCGGUGCACCACUGGAAAUCCUGGUUCCAGGCGGAUAUGGUCGCUCUCAGCAAGGUGGCGGGUGUUGCUGGCGAGGAAGCAUUGCUCCAUAGGUGGCUGCUACCAGGUGACUGGUAUCUGGUCAAUGGCUUCUCGGUGAUUCAGUAUGCUACCAUCUCGGAUGAUCCGUUGCCCAUGGAGCAGACAUGGGAUGAGAGCAAGUACACAGGACCGGAUCCGUUCACGUUUAGUCUAGGACCACUUCGGCGAAAGGACGAGAAUAAGAUUUCGUAUCGCCUCAAGACUGCAGUAUCAGAGCGCCAGCGGGUGCGACAGAUUUACGUGCGAGAGGUAGAGCCCGAGAGGCUAGAGGUUUUGGAAGUGGUUUGGUCUGUGGCUUCUGACAAUAAUGCUCCAUAG